AUGAAAAGUAAAGAAAUCAGGAUCAUUUCCUUGUUGGUAUUGGAUACCAUUUUCUUCCUUAUUGAAGCAAUUGUUGGUUACUCAGUACACUCUUUAGCAUUAGUGGCUGAUUCUUUUCAUAUGUUAAAUGAUAUUAUUUCAUUAUUUAUUGCUUUAUGGGCUGUUAAAGUCAAGAAUACCAAACCUGCUGAUGGUAAAUAUACUUAUGGAUGGCAAAGAGCUGAAAUUUUGGGGGCUUUAGUUAAUGCUGUCUUUUUAUUGGCUUUGUGUUUCACUAUUGUUAUUGAAGCUAUACAAAGAUUGAUCAGCCCUCCAGAAAUUUCAUCCCCAGUUUUGGUUUUAGCUGUUGGUUUUGCUGGUUUAGCAAGUAAUUUGAUUGGUUUAGUUUUAUUCCACGAACAUGGACAUUCCCAUUCUCAUUCUCAUAGUCAUAGUAAUGAAGAAGAACAUGAUCACGAAGGACAUUCUCAUAGCCACAGUGACAUUGGUACCAGUACACCAAAAGCCAACAGUUCUGAGUUCACCCCAUUGUUGAGCAAUAGUAAUAAUGCUUCCACUGGUGACCUUAGACAAUAUAUGCCAGAAAACGUAGUAGAUAAUUUUGAUCACCAAAAUCAUGGUAAAAAGAAGAAAAGUAUGAACAUGGAAGGUGUUUUCUUACAUGUUUUAGGUGACGCAUUAGGUAACAUUGGAGUUAUCGUAGCUGCUUUGAUUAUUUGGAAAACCAAUUGGUCUUGGAAAUAUUAUAGUGAUCCUUUGAUUUCCCUUAUCAUCACAGUCAUUAUUUUCUCAUCUGCUUUACCUUUAUGUAAGAAGAGUAGUAAGAUCUUAUUACAAGCUUCACCAACAUACAUUGAUACUAAUGAAGUAGUUGAAGCUAUCUUAACCAUUAGUAAUAUCAAAUCUGUUCAUGAUUUCCAUUUAUGGAAUUUGAACGAAGAUAUUUUAAUCGCUUCAUUACAUGUUGAAUUAUCAGAGGGACUCGAAGAUGAUAAUUUUGAAAAACUGAAGUUUGUUAACACUGUUGCCAAAGUAAGAGAAAUCUUACAUAAAUUUAACAUCCAUUCUGCAACCAUUCAACCAGAAUUUUUCAAUUCUAAUUCCAAUUUAGCUUCUGAUCAAGCCUAUGGUGAAACUUCCAAAUUCAAUUGUUCCGUUGAUGAUGCAACUGGUUGUUUCAAUCAAAAUUGUCUUGAUAAUUGA